AUGUUAAAUGAGAUGAUGAAGAUCCCAAUUGCGCCACGGACACCAGGCAAAGACCUCGAUAUCCCUGUUGUUCUCAAUGGCAUGUCCUCCUAUGAGCCGGUGGACGGUGUAGAGCCUCACAUUCUAAGUACAGAACAGUGGCGGCAGAUAUACCUCGACACCGUUCUGCGCGUGGGCCAGCUGCAGGCAGACGCGAUCGUUGCCCAAGAUGACGAAGAGCUUGACGACGAGAGCACUUGGCACAAAGAUCAUAGGCCGAUGACUAUCCCUCGAUUAAAACCCCCAUUCAAACAAAAAGUCUAUGAUAUAGUACACUUUCCCCGCGUGAGGAAGUGA